AUGCAAUUCAAAAUGAUCGUCUAUACCAUAGCUUUGAUGGCCGCCAUUGGCCUGAGUUUUGCCCAAACACUCAACAUAGUUGCUCAUCAAGACGACGACCUUCUCUUUAUGAGCCCGGAUUUGAUUCGCGAAAUAGUAUGGGGCCGUGCUGUACGCACUGUUUUUCUCACAGCUGGUGACGCAGGGCUAGGCCCAGACUACUGGAUGGGGCGUCAGAUAGGCUCCCUUGCAGCCUACAGCCGCAUGGCCAGCGCAUCCAAUAUCUGGGACGAACGCGAUCUCGGCAUCAACGACUAUGAUAUUUCCCUUUUCACUUUGCGUGACAUGCCGCAAAUCUCGCUGGUGUUCAUGCACAUGCCUGACGGGGGCCUUGGGGGUAUCGGAUACGACUCUACCGGAUUCGAAAGUCUGAUGAGACUGUGGGAGGAGGAUAUCGAUUCCAUUGGAACAGUAGACGGUUCCAACACGAGGUACACCAGGGACGGGCUGCUAGAUGUGCUGACGCAAAUGAUUGAGGGUUUUGAGCCUGACCGCAUCAACACCCUCGACUAUGUGAAUAGCAUCGGUGACGGGGAUCAUCCUGACCACUAUACAUCUGGUUUUUUUGCAGACCACGCGUCGCAAGCGGCAAAUGGGGAGUUUGAUUUCACGGGAUACAUGGGAUACGGGAUCAAUUCGCUGCCAGUGAACUUGGACGCGUCGGAUAUCGAGGAUAAGCAGAACAUCUUUUACGAGUAUGGCGCCUAUGAUAUAGGAACUUGCUUUGAUGCGGUGAGCUGUUCUGGUCGCCCUGAGUCCGGGUGGCUCAUGCGACAGUACACUGUUUGA